GGCCCCUGCCUCUCUCUCUCUGCUGACUGCACACACCUGCCUGCUUUGGCUGCGCACAUCUUUAGCCUUGUUUCCCGCGAGCUCUGAAGCAGCAGAUUACCGUUCCCUUGCUGGAUUUUGGGAGCCACACACACCUUCUCACCUCAGACUCAGCAGCACAGGCCCGUCCAGCCCCACAGCAGCAGAAUGAAAUCGGCCUGUCUCUUCCUGCUCCUGGCCUCGGCCUGCUGGGCACUGCCCUUUCGCCAGUCGGGCUUCAUGGACUUCAUGAUGGAGGACGAGCCCGGCUCUGGGCUGCAGCCCACGGACCGACCGAGCCCCAGAGGCCCAACGAGGCCCCAAGGCCCAAAGCACCCGACAGAGCCAGAAGAGCGAGAGGACCCAACAGACCCGUUCUUCCCGGGGCCCGUCUGCCCCUUCAGGUGCCAGUGUCACCUCCGCGUCACGCAGUGCUCUGACUUAGGUCUGAAAAAUGUUCCAGAUAAAAUCCCUCCAGACACGUCGCUGCUGGACCUGCAGAACAACAAGAUCAGCGAGAUUCGGGAAAACGACUUCAAGGCCCUGAAGGGCCUGCAUGCCCUCAUUCUGGUGAACAACGUGAUAACCAUCAUCCACCCUAAGGCCUUCAUGCCCCUGGGCAAACUGCAGAGGCUCUACCUGUCCAAGAACCUGCUGAAGGACAUGCCCGCCAACAUGCCCAAGAGCUUGCAGGAGCUGCGCAUCCACGAGAACAAGAUCAGCAAGAUCAAGAAGGCCUCCUUCCAGGGCCUGGUCAACGUCAUCGUCAUGGAGCUGGGCUCCAACCCGCUGAAGAGCUCUGGGAUAGAUGACGGAGCUUUCGCUGACCUCAAACGGGUCUCCUACAUCCGCAUUGCAGACACCAACCUGACAGAGCUGCCCAAAGGCCUGCCGAGCUCUCUGUCUGAGCUGCACCUGGACAGCAACAAGAUCACCAAAGUGCAGGUGGACAGGCUGAAGGGGCUCAAAAACCUGGCCAAGCUGGGUCUCAGCUUCAAUGAGAUCAGUGUUGUGGAGAACGGCACCAUGGUGACGAUGCCUCACCUGCGUGAGCUGCACCUGGACAACAACGCCCUGACCAGCGUGCCUGCAGGCCUGCCGGACCACAAGUACAUCCAGGUGGUCUAUCUCCAUAACAACAAGAUCGCUGCGGUGGGCACGGAGGACUUCUGCCCCCCUGGGUUCAACACCAAGAAGGCCAUGUACUCAGGGAUCAGCCUGUUCAGCAACCCCGUCCCGUACUGGGAGGUGCAGCCAAUCACCUUCCGCUGCGUCUUCGACCGCUCCGCCAUCCAGCUCGGAAACUACCGGAAGUAGACCUGCCCCCCUUCUACGCAACCCCCCCCCCACCCCAAACAGACCGGACCCCCACUUUAUAUCACUGUGUGCCCCCUCCCCUUACCUAGUUUUGUGUACUGAACACAACUCACUGCAGCAGCACCACCUCAUAUACUCAAUACAGCAAUAAAACCACAACCAAACCCUGGUGUGCAGCUUACGCACGAUGCACCGUAUGCAAACCGGAACCCAGGCCAUACUUUACACACUCCAGACAGCAACACACCAGAACCACAACCCAUUUCACAUGCUCCACACAACAAUAAACCACUACCGGAACCACGUCUUACAUACUCCCAACAGAACCAGAGCCUUACACAGCACUACAGUGAUAGCCCAUCCAUAGAAGAAAGUCCAUGUCCUACGCAGAUCACACAACAAAAACUCCCUUCAUAAUCCAGCAGACCCUGAACCAAGUCCAUUCUACCACAUAUACCCAAAAUGACAUGAUGCAUUUUAUAAUGGAGGUGUGAGAUUAUGAAAAAGUUUAUUGUAAAGAUGUCAAGACAAAUGCAAAUAAAUAAAAAACAUUAUGACAAAUUGAAAAAAAAAAAGACAAACAAGACAUUGUAGCAUUGAACCCACACCCAGCUGCUGAAAGGCUUUCAGGCAGACUGACUCUGCAGGACUCGAGCACCACAUCGGGACCGGCUGGCCUGUGGAGCAGGCAGCCAAGGCUUAGCCUCGGCCUCACAGACACCAAGAGCAGGAGUACGAGAAAGCGCUAGAACAUCAGGGCGCACCAUCGCAAGUAUGGCACAUACCCUCAAGUGCACCGUUUCCUUCACAUAUAUUAUAGUCAAGUCACGUAGAUAGAUGAGUUUUUAAUCUGUCACAUUUCCCUAUCUUUUGCUUGCACCUGCUUGCACAGAAUCCUCACUGCACUGUAACAUACAGGCAGAACAGAUAGAACAGGCUCUAAGCUAUAGGAUAAACAGAGCAUACACUCUCACACAGUCGGCUCACACCCAUACGUUCGCAUGCAUUUAUUGCCAUUUUUACCUGCAGGGAGACAUUUAUGAAUUGCAGCUGUACUUGUGUAUGUGUGUGAGUGUGUUUUUUUUGGUUUGGUCAAAGUCAUGGCCAUGGGGUGCUGGUAUUGGGGGCGGGGCUGAGGAUGACCACACCCACACCCAUGCUCCCCCGUGGCAGUGUGCAUGUUGGAUGUGUAGAGGCUGUAUAUAGGCGCUGUAUAAAACAUUGCCUUUGCUCUCACUGCUCUUUCAGACUGAAGCUGUUCCUCAGGGGCUCCGCCCCCGUGUUCUCCACCAUAUAAAACUCAAAUAAACGAUAAAAAACCA